CGCUUACCUUCUAGAAUCUCACCCACCAGCCGGAUAAUUGGAAUCCCAGCAGCAGAAGCAGCAGCAGUAUGGCCGUGUCUGGUCAAUCCAUGACACUACUACACGGCAUGCAAACAAACGACUGUUCCGCGCAACUGCAUGCAGCCGUAAUUGCCUGUACCAAGGCUCGAUGGGAUUUUCCGAUUCCGAAAAACAGUGUCCACUUGGGGAAAUUACUAUAAAUGGAAGGCAUGUAAGCCGUGGUACGUUUCAGUGGCAUUCGGUACGUUGUACGAGAAGCAGUAGGUGUUUAGAUGCCGUGUUUUUUCUAGCGUAGAAAGCGUCCGUGGUCAGUGCACAAGUGGAGUGAUAGUACAGUAAAAGCAUAUUGAUUCAAUCCCUUAAAACUGAGGAAUUGUGUAUUGUAAAUAACUACUGAUCUUUCUUACAAGAUCAUGUAAUGUUUGCUAGAUACGUUUCUAGCGUUUAAAAAAAAGUAAAUUGAAUUAUUAAACAUUACGUACCAUUCUCCAAACAAGUUACAAUCGUUACGAUUGACAUUAUUCCAUUUCCAUAUAGUCAAUCUUAAGUGACUGCACGUUUGUUCAUUGAUUGAGCAGCCCCUUUAAUAAUCUGCUGCAAGUAAAACUCUCUCUUCGUUUGCGUUGAACCACGUGUUUAGUUAAUAAUAGCACGCUUGCACGCGAUACAUUCGCAAGCGGUGGAUGGACAUAAUCGUGUGUCUGCUUUCGUCUGAUGUAAACGACCGUAAAAGCACCAGAAGCGUAUUGAAAACAAAACCCAAACCUGUGAUGGUUUCCAUUUAUAUAGAGCUGGUCCUUUUGGCCAGCAGUGUCUACAGCGUUGCUGCACUUUCUACCAUCGAACACAACCCAGCGUUCAAUUUCCCUCAGGAUGGAGCUUCACCAAACAAUGACCUCACACGACAGGCCUUUAAUGUGAGCAAUGGUAUUACCAGCGGUGUCCUUACGGGUGUCGUACCGUUGCAGACAGGUAUUCUACCGAACAUUGUUAACACCGGUGUAACUACAGGGCAGACGUGCAUUUGUGUACCAACUGGCCGGUGUAAUACAACAAGCACUGGUGGUACAACGGACGGUGCUGGUCAGUUAGACGUUAGGAUUGUAUCGAACCCAACCGCCAAUACAGGGGUAACGAUUGGCUCAACGACCACAACUACCACAAGUGCCGUCGCAUCAGUGAUUGGAGUCAACAUCGUCUCACCUGCGAGCUGUCAAUCUGGGCUGGAACGUUGCUGUCUGGCUGGCAGCUACCAGUGUGGCCUGCAGUAUCCACCAGUUGCAAACUCCCCUGCAGUUACUGCCAACCAGGCUAGCUACGGUGAGUAUCCUUGGCAGGUGGUAUUGCUCGGACCGGGUGACGUAUACGUUGGUUCCGGUGCGCUUAUUGACAAUCUACACGUGCUGACCGCUGCUCACAAAAUUUCGGACUACACUUCCGGCAGUCGAACGCUUAAGGUACGUCUUGGCGAAUGGGAUGCAGCAUCCACGUCGGAACCCUUGCCCGUCCAAGAGUACAAUGUGGCGCGGUACUUUGUACAUCCGAGCUUUAAUUCGGCUAACCUGCGCAACGACAUUGCCAUCUUGCGUCUGUCAGGAACGGUAACACUCGGUACAACGCCAACAAUUGCAACCGCGUGUCUGCCCGUCACUUCCUUUGUUGGUAGCCGCUGUUGGGUAUCCGGCUGGGGUAAGAAUGAUUUCGUUAGCGGCGCGUUCCAGUCGAUCCCGAAAGAGGUGGACGUACCGAUCGUAAAUUCGGUCAACUGUCAAACGGCACUACGGACGACGCGUCUCGGUGCAAACUUUGUGCUCGAUACGACGAGCUUUAUCUGCGCUGGAGGUGAACUGGGCAAGGAUGCUUGCACGGGAGAUGGCGGAUCACCGUUGGUCUGUUCGCUCAAUGGACGCUGGUAUGUGGUGGGUUUGGUAGCUUGGGGUAUCGGUUGCGGAGCGAACGGUAUACCUGGGGUUUACGUUAACGUGGCAUCCUAUAUCCCGUGGAUCACGAGUACGAUCGCCACCGUUUAAUCAACCAUAACUGACGCACAACGGAGUUAUUUUGUUUCUGUUAUUAAAAUCUAAAUUCGAGAUCAUUUCAUGCUGCUAAAUAAAGGCAACGAGGAUCAGACAAGAUCGGACUCAAAAGAGUGAUAUUC